AUGGGUUGGUUCUGGGCAGACACCGCGCCGAAGCCAGCAAUGCCUGCGACUCCGAGCCACAUGUCGGCCUCUCCGGAUGCCACUCCUCCUGUCAGUAAACACAUCCUCAACCAGAGUCUAUCUAAUUCUGACCUUAAACAGCCUGCCUGUCCCAUGCAUGCAUCCAACACACCACCGGCAUCCUCUACAUCCCCGAGCGCUUGCCCCAUCCCACCCGAACAGCGCUCCGUCGACUCGCCAUUCUUCGUUCCCCCGAAGCCCAAAACCGAGACGCCCACACCCCCCGCGGCCCCUGCGGCCCCCAGCAAACCCUCAACACUAUCCAAACUCAACCCCCUCAACUACAUGUUCUCCUCGAUUUCCCAGGAGCGCGCCCCUAACCAAACCGUCGAUCUCCCCAUCGACCGCGAGCCGUCAUCCAUACCGCGCGGCGACACUGACGGCAACUGGGAGUACCCGUCGCCGCAGCAGAUGUACAACGCGAUGCUGCGCAAGGGGUACACGGACACGCCGCAGGACGCGGUCGAGGCGAUGGUGGCCGUGCACAACUUCCUGAACGAGGGCGCCUGGGCCGAGAUCGUCGGGUGGGAGCGCAUCUUCGCCCGCGGCCUGGCGCACGGGUGGGAAAAGUGUCGUCGCGGCGAGGAGAAUAUCGCUAUGGACGCAAUGCGGGACGAGAUGACCGGCGCGGCGGAUGCUGAGCCCCAGCCCCGGCUGCUCCGGUUCCAGGGCCGGCCGAAGGAGUUGACGCCCAAGGCGCGGAUUCUUCAGGCGCUCGGGUAUGUGUAUCCGGCGAAGUUUGAGUCGAACCCUCCUUUCGACCGCCAUGACUGGUACGUGCUGCGACAGACGCCGUCCGGCCCGAAGGAAGUCCGCUACGUUAUCGAUUACUACUCCGGGCCCCCGGAGCCCACCGGCGAGCCUGUCUUUUACCUUGAUAUCCGGCCCGCGUUGGACUCGCCGACUGCCGCCGUGGAGCGCCUGAUGAGAUGGGGCGGCGAUGUGUGGUGGCGCGCCAGCGGUGCUGCCGUUCGCGAGAACGGAAACUGA